AUGCGCAGGCUUCCGCGCCCCGGGCUGCGCUGGGGCGCCGGAUUGCCUGGAGUCCUCAGUUUGGGGCAACACGAGAUACACCGAGGCUGCGCAUGUGCCAACACCUGCCCUGGCUACAAGGCCUAUGGCUGCGCGGGCGCCAGCAACUGCGAGAUGGACGCCCGCGGGGGCCUUCUGACGCUCACCGAAGAGGAGUGGUGCAGCAGAGGCAUCCCCGGUGAGCGCCGCUUCGCCAACGUGGAGGAGGUCAUGGCCACUGCGCGAGCGCAGCUGAAGCAGACGCUGACCAGUAUGGUCUGGCCAUUGGGCUGGUGA